AAAAUUCAGGAAGAUGUGGCCAUAAUGAAGGAUAUUGGGUUCAAUGCUUACAGAUUUUCCAUCUCUUGGCCCAGAAUCCUACCCUAUGGGAAUCUAAAGGGAGGAGUGAACCCAGAAGGCAUCAGAUAUUACAACAAUCUUAUUGAUGAACUCAUAUCUAACGGAAUGCAACCCUUUGUAACUCUGUUUCACUGGGACCUCCCGCAAGCUCUUGAAGACGAAUAUGGUGGUUUUCUGAGCCCCAAAAUUGUGAAGGACUUUACAGACUACGCAGAACUAUGUUUCAGAGAAUUUGGUGACAGGGUAAAGCAUUGGAUCACUUUGAAUGAGCCAUCCUCUUAUAGCGUUGAAGGUUAUGCCAAUGGUGUAUUCCCACCUGGAAGGUGCUCCAGCUUCUUGGGCCUAAACUGCAGUGCCGGUGACUCUAGUACCGAACCCUACCUUGUUACUCACCACCUAAUUCUUGCUCACGCUGAAGCAGUCAAACUCUACAGGAAGAAGUACCAGAUUUCUCAGAAAGGUCAAGUUGGGCUAUCAAUAGCUUUGAUGUGGUAUGUUCCCAUAUCCCUGUCAAAAGCUGACAAAGAUGCAGCAUCUCGAGCCAAUGAUUUCACAUCUGACUGGUUCAUGGAGCCACUGAACUCUGGGAAAUACCCUGGAGUAAUGGUUAGACAUGUGGGUAAACGUUUGCCCAAGUUCUCCAAAAGGCAAUCAUUGUUGGUUAAAGGGUCCUUUGAUUUCAUAGGGGUGAAUUAUUAUACAACAUAUUAUGCAUAUAAUAUUCCUUGCGAAAGUAAAAAUCAAACUGCACUGACAGACGCUUGUUUCAACUUUACAACUGAAAGAAAUGGAGUUCCCAUUGGUCCAAAGGCUGGCUCAGAUUGGCUAUACAUCUAUCCACGAGGAAUUCAAAAUGUGUUAGAAUACACCAAGAAGAAACUGAACAAUCCAAUCAUUUACAUAACAGAAAAUGGAUGUAACGAGGUUGAUAAUGGGAGAAAGUCACUUAAUGACACCAUGAGGAUAGACUAUAUCAGUCGCCACCUUGUGUACGUUCGAAGGGCCAUGAGGAAUGGAGUGAAAGUGAAGGGCUACUUUGCAUGGUCACUUUUGGACGACUUUGAGUGGAUUUUUGGAUAUACCAGCCGCUUUGGAAUAAUACAUGUAGAUUUCAAGAAUGGACAGAAACGAUACCGCAAAAGAUCAGCUCUGUGGUUCAAAACUUUUCUCCAUCAGUGGAAUGGUUCUCAGCAUCACCAAUACUGA